CCUAUUCUUCACUGCAGUUUUUAUUUGGACAUGGAACGCGACGCGAAGACUUCGAGAUGUUUAUCACGCGCAAAUUAGUGAUCAAUUAGCGAAAAAAGAAAAAUAAUCCAUGAAACGCCUAUGACGACAUAGUGUUAAAGUUAAAUAGUCAACAACGCAACCAAUUGUUGACUGUGUGUGCGGGGCAUGCUGACUCAGCCACGGCGAACGACAAAGGCAGAUAUACGGGAACGAGAUAAAGUCCGGCAGCGGGACUCAUUUUAGCAUUUGCUGCUACUCUGCCUCCCCCCACAAAGGCGAAAGGCGUUAACAAGAGCAGCGGCACGUACAGAUGUAUACCAAUUAAACCGCAGUGACAUCCAUCCACUACACGCACACACAUACAUAGACACAGACACAUACUCGCACGCAGAUUAGUUUACGCACACACGGGCCAGACAGCGCCUCCUACAACACCCAACACCACAAACACAAACACACAGACAAAGCCACACGCGCGUACACACACAGAGACACACACAAUGUCACAUUCGCCACUGGCAGUGUAUGGCUUCGCAGCAUGUUUUAUGAUUUUUUGGUUCGGUACAUGGUGCGUACAUUUAAUCGCGAUCUGCUAUGGCAAAUACAAAUUGCACAAGAAGUUGUGCAAGCUGCCCACAGAGUCCUCCCCGCUGCCGGGUGUUUCCAUACUGAAGCCAUUGAUGGGCGUGGAUCCGAAUUUGCAACAUAAUCUGGAAACAUUCUUCACCAUGGACUAUCCGCUGUACGAGCUAUUGUUUUGUGUGGAGGACAAACACGAUCCGGCUAUCAAGCUGGUGGAGCAACUGAUCGAAAAGUAUCCCCAGAUUGAUGCCCAGCUCUUCGUGGGUGGCUCCAAUGUGGGUGUCAAUCCCAAAAUUAACAAUAUCCAUCCUGGCUACAUGGCAGCCAAAUAUGACUUUGUCAUGAUCUCAGACAGCGGCAUCAAAAUGAAGAACGACACGCUGCUGGACAUGGUGCAGAACAUGUCCGAGCGACAUGCGCUCGUCCAUCAAAUGCCCUUCACCAGCGACCGGGAAGGAUUUGCGGCCACCUUCGAAAAAGUGUUCUUUGGCACGGUGCAGUCCAGGAUUUACCUGUCAGCCGAUGUGCUGGGCAUCAAUUGCCACACGGGCAUGUCUUGUCUGCUGCGCAAGGCGGUCAUCGAUCAGCUGGGCGGACUGCGCACCUUCGGCUGUUACCUGGCCGAGGAUUUCUUCAUUGCCAAACGGGUCAUGGAGCUCGGCUGGAAGAUGCGCAUCUCGAAUCAGCCCGCGCUCCAAAACAGCGGCCUCUGCGACAUAGCCAGCUUUCAGGCACGACUCAUACGCUGGGCGAAGCUGCGCGUUGCCAUGGUGCCAACGACAAUUCUGCUGGAGCCGCUGUCCGAGUGCAUGAUCCUGGGUGCAUUGGCCGCGUGGUCGGCGUCGCUGCUCUUCAAGUGGGAUCCGCUGGGGUUUUACUUGGUGCACAUUCUGUGCUGGCUUCUGUCCGACUGGCUGCUGUUGUCGAUUGUGCAGCACGGCUCGAUGCCGUUCGGCAAGUUCGAGUUUGUCAUCGGCUGGCUGUUCCGGGAGCUGACCGGGCCGUAUCUCUUUCUGCACGCCCUGUGGAAUCCGGCCAUACGUUGGCGGACGCGCACCUUUAAGCUGCACUGGGGUGGCAUUGCCUACGAAUUGCCGCUUAAUUCACCUGCAACGGAUUCGCUAACAGCGCCACUGCAGCCGGCGCCCACGUUAUUGGCGGCAUCAAAAACAUCAUCAGCAUCAUCAUUAUCGUCGUCGUCAUCAUCAUCAUCCGCUGCAGCAGCAGCGGCGGCGGCGUCGGCGUCGGCAUCCGCAUCAAGUUCAGCAACAACAACAACAACAAACACGACAAAGGGCGCGGGACUGGGCACGCUGAGCGCGGCAGCCAAACAGCGAUUGCUGAUCUCGUAGCAGCAGCUAGUUCAAAUUUGUUUGUUAUAUGCGUAAUUGUACUUUCGUUAGGGACUCAGCGGACUGCGACACUGUGGAGCUACAGUCAAUGUUAGUAGUAUUAUUACUAGCCUAAACAAAAACCCCUUAGUCACUACAUAAACUUUAAUUUUAAGUAAGUCUUUAAGUUAAGUGAGUCCAAUGAGCUGCUAGCUCUCUGCUGCUGUGCGCCCUAGGCUAAUAAUACGCAGCAUCCACAAUGAGGCGAGAGGCAGGCAUACGAGGUUCAGAACGAGAUUUGCUCUCAGACCCACACCCACACACACACACUCGCACACACGCUCACUCUUAAACUGACAACAGCAAAAACAACAACAACAAGAAGAAGCUUUAACGGUAGCAAUGUGCAAACAUUUUGUUGAUUUCUAGAACCAAACUUAAUAAUAAGUUGACCAUUUAUCUUUAGGCAUCUAUGCUGUAGAGAUCUAUAAGAUAUAAUUAUACUAAGUUGCGCCGGUUUGUACAUUUUUGUAGUUGAUCGAAGAUUGAAAGAGAGAGAGAGAGAGAGAGAGAGAGGGAGAGCAACAGAGAGAAAGAGGGAGCUCUUUAGAUUAGAUUUUGUUAUUGCUAUUUUGUAAUUCGAUAUUUGUAAUUAUCUAAUUAGCUAUUUAUUAUUAUGAUUUGCCUAGCAAAACGAUAUACACACACAUAUAUUUUUUUGUUCGAUUUACUUUACUUUAACUCUUAACGAUCUGUCCCUAUUCUAUUAAUUUCUACCCGCUUCACGCUCUGUAAAUAUGCUUCGCUAAAAACGCCAUCGAAUAAAUGUAAUUUACAUUAGAAA